AGUGUUGGUAUGAGGAAAUGAGCGCAGAGCUGUUUGAUUGUUACUUGUCUCCGUGUCACCACCAGGCAUACUGUAUAUUUUUGGAGCUGCAGGUACUGAACUCGUAAAUUGAUUCAUCUUCAAUGCGCUGGGGUCUGCUAAAAGAUUUCGUGGACCAAGAGUACCAUAAGGAGUAAGAUGAAGUUCUUUACUUUGGCAACUGUGUUCUUGUUUUGUGGGCUCCAGCCAUGCUUUGGAUUGUUCUACAAGCCCAAGACACUUCAUCCGGAGAAGUUUGGAGGACUGAAGGAAGAAAUAGCAACUUAUAAGGAUGUUGCCAAGGCUAUAAUAGACCUUGCGGUUUAUGGCAAAGCGCAGAACAGGUCAUACAACCGCCUGGCCCAAUUUGUAGACACUAUUGGUAACAGAAUGAGUGGCUCUGAAAGUCUUAAAAAUGCCAUAAAGUUCAUGUACAGCAGACUUCAGGAGGACAAACUGCAAAAUGUUUCUUUGGAACCAGUGAAAGUGCCACACUGGGAACGUGGAGAAGAGUCUGCUAUGCUGAUGGAACCACAGAAGAAAAACAUUGCUUUACUGGGACUUGGUGGCAGUAUUGGUACCCCACCAGAAGGAAUACGUGCUGAAGUCAUUGUGGUGUCGUCUUUCACAGAACUACACAACAGAGCCAAAGAAGCUAAAGGGAAGAUUGUUGUUUACAACCAACCCUUUGUGAGCUACGGAGAAACUGUUCAAUACAGAGCAUAUGGUGCAUCUGAAGCUGCUAAAGUUGGCGCUGUGGCUUCAUUGAUUAGGUCAAUUACACCCUUUUCUGUUUAUAGCCCUCACACAGGUUGGCAGGAUUACCAGAAAGACGUACCCAAGAUUCCCACAGCCUGCAUUACAAUAGAAGAUGCAGAAAUGUUGGCUCGAAUGGCAUCACGUGGUGAAAAGAUUGUUAUUCUUCUAAAAAUGGGAGCAAUCAAUCAUCCAGAUGCAGAUUCAUUCAACACCGUAGCAGAGAUCAUAGGAAGCAAGUACCCUGAACAGGUUGUAAUUGUCAGCGGACAUCUGGAUAGCUGGGACGUUGGGCAAGGAGCCAUGGAUGAUGGUGGGGGAGCCUUUAUAUCAUGGGAAGCGCUGUCUCUCAUUAAAGACCUUGGUUUGCGUCCUAAAAGAACAAUCCGUCUAGUUCUUUGGACUGGAGAAGAACAGGGUGGAGUGGGUGCUGGCCAAUACUAUGAGCGACACAAGGGAGACAUCGCUAACAUUGACCUUGUGAUGGAGUCUGACAUGGGUACCUUCAUGCCUAUUGGUAUACAGUUUAGAGGAAAUAAGGAGGCACGGGCCAUCAUGAUGGAAAUCAUGCAGCUGCUUCAACCCAUCAACAUUACCAACCUUUACGAUGAUGCUGAGGGUACUGACAUCAAUUAUUGGAUGCAAGCAGGUGUUCCAGGUGCAAGUCUCCUCGAUGAGCUAAGCAAAUAUUUUUGGUUUCAUCAUUCUCAAGGAGACACAAUGACCGUCCAAAACCCAGUCUGGAUGAACCUCUGUGCUGCCAUUUGGACUGUGGUCGCUUAUGUAGUCGCUGACUUGGAGGAGAUGUUGCCAAGGUAACGAAAAGCAAGAAAGAUGUGUUCUUUUUAGCAGUGUGAAGUAUAAAGACACGUACUCCUGUACCUGCCUUUGUUAGGGACCAUAUAAAUCCAAAGUAUUCUCUUUCUUUUUAUAAUUAUUGUUGUAUAAAAUCUGACAACGUAUUAUCUUUUUUUUUUCCAAGUGAGAAAUCAGGCUUUGUGCUUCUAUCUUUUUUUCUCCAUUUGUUUACUUUAUAAUUAAAUGUGAUUACAUCUGUCUGAAAGUGAUGUAUUUGUACACGUCUGAUUGUUUCAAGUAAAGCUACAAUUACAUGGCC